UCCUAGGUGGCACUGGCUCAUCACUACAUCCCCGGCAAAUCAAUACAGCGUUUAUAUGCCGCUAUCUCAUUGGAUACCGUUACGCCCAGUUCUGGCUACUCAUGCACUUAUUGAUCGGUAGCUUGGAGCUCAGGUGGAAUGGAGGGGAUAUAGCUAGACAGCCUAGACCCCGGGACCCGGGUCACGAAAGGAGUUGGGCUCUUCUAGCGUUGCAAGCAGAAGGUUCGGGGUUACUGUUUCAUAGUAUUCUUCAUUGCGGGUAACUGUAGUUGGCUCUUGACGUUUGAGAAACACAUUUAAACAGUGAAUGACAAAAUGUGGUGCAGUAGUGAGACGCCAAAGUUACCCCAGCGUUCUCUUAGGAAGCGGUUUUUAGCCAUCAGGAAGUUCCACGCAUGUAUGACCGAUAACAGCUACAGGUCAUAUGGAUUUCGUCAAACAGAACAAUGAAUUUGGAGAUAAGGUGAUAGAGCUCUUUGGUCUGGAAAAUGUUUCAGCUGAUACAAAUUGUCAAAAGCACGAUGGAGCCCCUCCGCACUGUGGCAUCGGUGUCUGUGAGUUGUCGGAGGAACGACUGCCUGGGAAGUGGAUCGGUCGCCGUGGUCCUGUGGAGUGGCCGCCCAGAUCGCCUGACUUAACGCCCCUCGAUUUUUAUCUAUGGGGACAUCCUAAGCAGAUAGUGUAUGCUGAGAGCAUCCGUGAUUUGAGACACCUGGAGGAAUGCAUACAACACGCCUGUGACCAAAUUGCGGCGACUACAGUUGUGCAUUGCACGGGAUGGACAACACUUAGAACAUGUGUUGUAGCAGUCGGUAUGAAGGAUUGUGACAUUGAUGUGGUGCUGUCAGUGACUUGGAUUCGCUUCAUUUUGCAGACAAGAUGUCCACAGUUUUCUCUGGACGACUCGUUAAGCGCCACCGGAGCUGCAGUGUGUGAAGUCGGUAAGGAGGUCAGGGUACGGAGAUCCCGCCACGGCGUCUCGUCCUCUCGUGACGGCACGCGGUGUUCGGCUACCGGAAGGUCUGUGCCGAAGCCUCCGGACAGUCCCGCGACGCUCGUGGCGGAGGUUCCGGCCGAGCCGGUUAUUCGAGGCGGCACACUGCUACGCGCACCGAGCCGGACUGCACACUCGUGGCCAGAGUGGGAAAUCUUUCACCCGCUCUUACGACUCGAAAGAGGACGAAAGGCGGGACGAGGGGGAAGAGCUACAGCUGCGACGUGUGCGGGAGUGUGUCCUCGCACCAAGUGUGGAUCGGCCCGACCGCUGUAACGCGGCAGUACGGCUGCACGGCUACCUGCGAAACCGCGUCCGGGUACACACGGAGGAGCGGCUGUUCACCUGCCACAUUCGCAGUAAGUUAUUCGGACAGGUGCACCUGUGCGUGCGAGCGUGCCCGCACACCGGCGAGUCGGCACAGUUCGGAGAUCUGCGGCGAGCUGUUCUUCUGUCACACGCGCCGGAAGUUGCACAGGUGUGUGCGUAGUGGACUCCGGCAGAGGCACCGGAAGGCACGAAGUUGGCGAGCUGUUACUGUUAUGUUUUACCACUUGUACAUACCUGCAGAAAAUCGUAUUGUAUCAGCCUCAGCUAUUUUUUUCAGAAGACCUACGUGUCGGUAAUUAAAAGGAAUUACACGCACAACUUCUGUAUAUUUCUUAACCGUUUGCACAUUGCUACGAGAUGUUUCUAUUUGCAUAUAUUUUGCACUGUAUGGUAUGUACCUAUUGACAGAAACUCUGCAAUUGCAAAAGCUUCUUGCAUCUCAAUCUUUUUUUCAUAACCUGUACUGAUAGCAAUAAUAAAGAUUUUAUUUUAUAGUA